GCGUCGCCCCUCGCCGCACCUCCCCGGCAGCCCUCCCAGGCCGCGCUGGGCAUGCUCAGUCGGCAGGGCCGCUUCAGCUCUCGGAGUAGGAAGCCUGGGCGCUCGGGUAGAGAGGAGCCGCGGCGGGGUAAAGAUGGAGCCCUUCACCAAUGAUCGACUUCAGCUCCCCAGGAACAUGAUUGAAAACAGCAUGUUUGAGGAAGAACCAGAUGUGGUGGAUUUAGCCAAAGAGCCUUGUUUACAUCCUCUAGAGCCUGAUGAGGUGGAAUAUGAGCCAAGGGGUUCACGACUGCUGGUGAGAGGUCUUGGUGAACAUGAGAUGGAUGAAGAUGAAGAGGAUUACGAGUCAUCUGCAAAACUGCUGGGCAUGUCCUUCAUGAACAGAAGCUCAGGCCUUCGGAACAGUGCAGCCGGCUACAGGCAGAAUACAGAUGGGGCUUGUUCUGUACCCUCUACCAGGACCUUGGUGGUCUGUGCUUUUGUCAUUGUAGUUGCCGUCUCUGUGAUCAUGGUGAUUUAUCUGCUGCCUAGAUGUACUUUUACCAAAGAAGGCUGCCAUAAAAAAAACCAAUCAAUUGGACUCAUUCAGCCACUUGCAACAAAUGGGAAAUUGUUUCCAUGGGCACAAAUUAGACUUCCUACUGCCGUUAUGCCACAACGUUAUGAACUUAACCUGCACCCAAACCUAACCUCAAUGACAUUCAAGGGUUCUGUGACAAUUUCACUUCAGGCUCUUCAGGCCACCUGGAAUGUCAUUCUUCAUAGCACAGGACAUAAUAUUUCAAGAGUGACUUUCAUGUCAGCAGUUUCAAACCAAGAAAAACAAGUCGAACUUCUGGAAUAUCCGUAUCAUGAACAGAUCGCCAUUGUUUCUUCUGAAGCCCUUCUAGCAGGGCAUAAUUAUACCCUGAAGAUCGAGUAUUCAGCAAAUAUCUCUAGUUCUUACUAUGGGUUUUAUGGCAUCACCUACAAAGAUGACAGUAAUGAGAAAAAGUACUUUGCAGCAACUCAGUUUGAACCCCUAGCAGCAAGAUCUGCUUUUCCUUGUUUUGAUGAACCAGCAUUUAAGGCCACAUUUAUCAUCAGGAUUGUAAGGGAAGAACAAUACACUGCUUUAUCAAAUAUGCCUAAGAAAUCAUCAGUUCAUAUGGAAAAUGGACUUGUUCAGGAUGAAUUUUGUGAGAGUGUGAAGAUGAGUACUUACCUGAUUGCUUUCAUUGUGGGGGAGAUGAAGAACCUGAGUCAGGAUGUGAAUGGAACCCUGGUUUCUAUAUAUGUUGUACCAGAAAAGAUUGGUGAAGUUCAUCAUGCCUUGGAAACAGCUGUGAAACUUCUUCAGUUUUUUCAUGACUACUUUGAAAUUCAAUACCCACUUAAGAAGUUGGAUUUGGUGGCCAUUCCUGACUUUGAAGCAGGAGCAAUGGAAAAUUGGGGUUUGCUCACAUUCCGAGAAGAGACUCUUCUGUAUGACAAUAGUACUUCAUCAGUGGCAGACAGAAAACUUGUUACUAAAAUCAUUGCUCAUGAGCUGGCACAUCAGUGGUUUGGUAAUCUGGUAACAAUGCAAUGGUGGAAUGAUCUGUGGCUAAAUGAAGGCUUUGCUACAUUCAUGGAGUAUUUCUCUUUGGAAAAAAUAUUCAAAGAGCUGUCUAGCUAUGAAGAUUUCUUAGAUGCUCGAUUUAAAACCAUGAAGAAAGAUUCCUUGAAUUCAUCUCAUCCAAUAUCAUCAUCUGUUCAGUCUUCAGAACAAAUUGAAGAAAUGUUUGAUUCUCUUUCUUAUUUUAAGGGAGCAUCUCUCUUAUUGAUGUUGAAAACUUACCUUAGUGAAGAUGUGUUUCAACGUGCUAUCAUUCUUUACCUGCGUAAUCAUAGCUAUGGAUCCAUUCAAAGUGAUGAUCUGUGGGAUAGUUUUAAUGAGGUAACGAACAAAACGCCAGAUAUAAAGAAAAUGAUGAAAACAUGGACUCUGCAGAAAGGAUUUCCUUUAGUGACUGUUCAGAGGAAAGGAAUGGAACUUUUUAUACAACAAGAGAGGUUCUUUUUAAAUAUGAAACAUGAAAUCCAGCCCUCGGAUGCAAGCUACCUGUGGCAUAUUCCAAUCUCCUAUGUCACUGAUGGAAGAAAUUAUUCAAAAUAUCAAUCAUUGUCAUUACUGGACAAGAAAUCAGGUGUCAUCAACCUUACAGAACAAGUGCAGUGGGUCAAAGUCAACACAAACAUGACUGGCUAUUAUAUUGUACACUAUGCAGAUGAAGACUGGGCAGCACUGAUCAAACAGUUGAAAAUGAAUCCUUAUGUUCUGAGUGACAAGGACCGAGCCAAUCUCAUCAACAACAUCUUUGAACUUGCAGGCCUAGGCAAGGUGCCUCUGAAGAAGGCCUUUGACUUGAUUGAUUAUCUUAAAAAUGAGAACCAUACUGCACCUAUCACUGAAGCCCUGUACCAAACAAACCUCAUCUAUAACCUUCUUGAAAAACUGGGACACAUGGAUCUGGCUUCAAGACUAGUGACCAGAGUAUAUAAUUUGCUUCAAACCCAAACCCAACAACAAACUUGGACUGAUGAUGGCACCCCAUCAGUGCGAGAGCUUCGGUCAGUCUUGCUGGAUUUUGCUUGCACUCACAACCUGGGGGACUGCAACACUACUGCCAUGAAGCUGUUUGAUGAUUGGAUGGCGUCUAACGGGAACCAGAGCCUUCCUACUGAUGUCAUGACUACUGUAUUCAAAGUUGGAGCAAAAACUGAGAAAGGCUGGUUAUUCCUCUUAACCAAGUACAGCUCUGUAGGCUCUGAAGCAGAAAAGAACAAAAUACUUGAAGCUCUCGCCAGCUCAGAGGAUGUUCGAAGGCUUUAUUGGUUAAUGAAUAGUUGCCUACAUGGAGAUACCUUUCGAACUCAGAAGUUGUCAUUUAUCAUUAGAACAGUGGGCCAGCAUUUUCCCGGACACUUACUGGCUUGGGAUUUUGUCAAAGAAAACUGGAAUAAGCUUGUACAGAAGUUCCAUCUGGGGUCUUAUACCAUACAAAGUAUUGUUGCUGGAUCAACUCACCUAUUUUCAACAAAGACACACUUGUCUGAGGUAAAGUCAUUCUUUGAAAGUCAAUCAGAGGCAACUUUUCAGCUCCAUUGCGUCCAGGAGGCCUUGGAAGUCAUUCAGCUGAAUAUCCAGUGGAUUGAGAAGAAUCUGGGAGAUCUUACAUGGUGGCUGUAGCCCAACAGCUGCACCUCAUUCUGUCGCCCAUUCAGAGAGCUGUGAAUUUGGGCUCUGCUGCUUUUGCAAAAGUCAAGGUGAAGCCAGGACUGUUGCCAAGUGUUUGCACUGUUAGAACUCUAGUUAGCUCAGGGCCCAACUGUACUUUCAUCUGCCUUUUCUGAAAUGUCUUUUGGCAGUAUGUAGUUAUUUAUCACCAAAUUAUAUUCACCUAUAUGCCAACCAUCUAAAAAAACAAUGAGCAGUUUAUCUGCUUUAAACAUAUACAAAUGGGAAAGAAAUUCAUUUUGGAAUUCUGUUCUAUUUCUCAGUAUCCAAGGAGUUACUGACACAAUGAAACAAAGAAAGGUCUACUGUAAGUGCCACCAUCUGUGUAGGCUGCUAAUUGUCAGCCAUUUGUUGCUGCUUGUUGAUAGAUGCUAUUGGAAUAUGGUAGAGUUAGCCUUGAAAACAACAAUACCAGGGCAGUGAGGCAUGCAGCUCUAGAGAGCUGUUCUCAGGUGCACCGGUCUACUUUGGUUUGGAAUUUUGAAGUAAGCCUUUAUUUGCU